UAUAAUUCGAGGUGGUACAUGGAACGACGAGGGAAGCCAUUUUGGAUUUGAGACUGAAUAGAAAGAUAAAUUAAAACAAUUUUUGGGUACCAUAAAAGCGAUAGCCUGGUACCAUUUGAGCAUUAGAGCAUGCGUCUAUCAUUCACAUACGAAUAUUCAUAGCUAUGGCUGAUAGGCGAAAGCUACAAGGAGAAAUAGACAGAUGUCUAAAGAAAGUGGGCGAAGGUGUUGAAACUUUUGAAGACAUCUGGAAUAAGAUAUCCUUGCAGGUGCAUAAUGCUGCAAACACAAAUCAAAAAGAGAAAUAUGAAGCUGAUCUUAAGCGUGAGAUUAAAAAGCUUCAACGGUUGCGGGACCAGAUUAAAACAUGGUGUGCCAGCAGUGACAUCAAAGAUAAACGAAUACUGGUGGAAAACCGAAAGUUGAUUGAAACUCAAAUGGAGAGGUUCAAGAUUGUUGAAAGAGAGACAAAAACAAAAGCCUACUCAAAGGAAGGCUUAGGGGCUGCUGCAAAAAUGGAUCCUAUUGCAAAAGAAAAGGGAGAAGUUGUAAAUUGGCUUUCAACAACAAUUGAGUCCUUACAGAAACAGCUUGAGCAAUUUGAAAGUCGAAUAGAGCAGCUGUCAUCGAAAAAGAAGAAAAUGGAUAAAGAUACACAAGAUCAGUAUGAUGAUUUGCGAGCUGCACAAGAUCGACACAAGUUCCAUAUAAAGAAGUUAGAAACAAUCAUGAGGAUGGUGGACAAUGAUGCACUACCACUAGACCAAAUUAAAAAGAUCAAAGAUGAUGUGGAAUACUAUCUUGAAUACAACCAAGAACCAGAUUUUGAGGAGAACGAAUUUCUUUAUGAUGAUUUAGAUCUUGAUGAUCUAGGUUCACAAGUGCUGGCAUCUUCACCGCCAAAUGAUGAUAGCAUAUUGGAUAAAUUAUCAAGUACGCCAACAUCAACAAACUCCAGUUCUCCUUCACCUAGUCCUAGUCUUUCGAUGAAUCAUUCCAAGGACAAGUAUGAAGAGAUGGACAGGAAAAGGCACAAAUCCCAAAAUGAAGACAAACAAAAAGCAACAAUAAUUGUAACAUCGUCCAUGUCAUCACCCUCAUCAACAAACUCAUCCUCAUCAUCAAGUGUAACUGUCAACAAAGUACCUACAACUCCUACAAAGAUGUUUCCAGGGAAUUCAAUUGCCAAUGCAGAAAGCAAUCAUCGUCCAAGUUCAACACCGCCAUUGACAGCAUACAAUGUUGCAGCAGCAGGGUCCCAGCAAAACAAUAGUGCAGGUCUAUCUUUCCCACGACUUUUCAACAAUUCUGUGUGGCAGCGCAAUUUAGCUGCCAUGAAGCUAUCAUACUUGUCUGAUCGUUUUAGUCGAGCUGAAACAAAGAAUCAAGCCCCACUUGACCAUAUUAAUUCUACAAUAAGUAGUGUGCCAGUGACAUCAAACUCAACAAUAACAAACUCUGUCUCUUCAACUGGAAAUCCCGUCUUACCAGCUGUACCGAUCCCUAUGAUAUCAAACAGUGUUAUGUCAACUUCUCCUAACACGAUUGUGUCAAAUAGUGCAACAAGUAGUUCCUUAAUGACUUCUUUUCAACCCAACUCGGUGUCUGUCAAACCUGAGAUGCAAGUUGUAAUGAAUGGACCGCUUAGUGCUGUUGGACCAUUACUAAAAGGUGUUACAGAGAAUGAUAUUGAGUCUAUGUCAUCAUUAAAGUCAAUAGCGCAACAGGCUGUGUUAGAUGCAGGUCUAGAAAACAGGAUUCCAACAACGCACACAACAACAACAUUAGAUGGAAGAGUACAUGCACCAUUCAACAAUUCAACAUCUACGUCAUCCCAGGUGGCAGCACCUCAGCCCACCUCCCCAUCACCAUCAUCGUCUUCAGACCAGUCACAGCAAGCACAGACCACGACAAUACACCUCAAUCCUCUAUUGGGUGUGGCGCCCUUAGGCCCUGUGCCACUCACUAGGGAACACUUCUACCAACUAACGAUGUUAGAAGCAGCACAUCACCACUUUCCACACCCGUCGGACUCCGAAAGAAUCAGGCAUUACUUACCACGUAAUCCAUGCCCGACUCCUUCAUACUACCCACAACUCUCUCCACCCCAUACGGACUCGGUGGACUAUUUUCAACGAUUAUCAACAGAAUCAUUAUUCUUUAUUUUCUACUACAUGGAGGGUACAAAGGCUCAAUAUCUGGCAGCAAAAGCUCUUAAAAAGCAGUCGUGGCGGUUUCAUACAAAGUAUAUGAUGUGGUUUCAGCGACACGAAGAACCAAAGACAAUUACAGAAGACUUUGAACAGGGCACAUAUAUCUACUUCGAUUAUGAGAAAUGGGCCCAGAGAAAAAAAGAAGGGUUUACCUUUGAAUACCGGUAUUUGGAGGAUCGAGAUUUGAACUAAAUGAAGUGUGACAAUGGAAUUCUUAGAGUUCUAUUUCAUGAAUGAUUCAGUUUCCGUGGAUCUGCUACAACUGCCAAUCAUGAGUGAUCUGACGGGACGAGUGAGAGGAUGAAGUGUGAAUGGUGCUAAGUGAAGAGUUCAUUUGUUGAUUUCAACCUUCAUGUAUGUUCAACUGUAGUGAUCUAUCAAUAUGAAAGUGUUGUUUGCCCAUUACCUCCCAAAGUGACAGAUGACAUGCAGUAGCAUGUUGCAGGACAUGAUGACAACAGCCAUGUAGGCUGUUAGUCUUGGCAGCAUAUUGUGAUACACUGUAUAUUGUACUUUAUGAGGCAGGAACCUCUUAGUCUACCUGAUCUCGCUUACUUCUAGGGAGGGUAAAAUGCAAUCUUAUCAUACUCGAUUAUUGUGGUCAUUUUUGAUAGUUGAUGGAAUGUUGAAAUCUUCACAUCACAUUUAUCUAGAGUGUUUGUAAUAAUUUGUUUCCUAGUUUGAGACUGUGUAGGUGAUUGAGUCUAAAUGACUUUGUGCUCCAUUUGGCUGUUAAUGUUUUUAUCAUUUCAAUCGUUGUUUGAGAUAUGUGGCAGCUUCGAAAAGAAUCUCAUAUUGCAUUACAACCUGGAUUAAUUACAAAAACUAUUCUACAGCUUCUCAAACCUUGCUUUGAUACUAAAUUAUUUUAUAUAAUUGAAUAUCAGAACUUCUAUAUACGACUAUUUCAAAGCUAAUAUUUCAGUAUUUUUAUUUUAUUACCCUCAUUUGUAUGGUACUGCAGACAACAUGGUAAUUUUGACAUCACAAUCUUGAUGUUUUAUUUACUAAAUUGUCCAAACCAAAGUGCACUUGCCUGUCAUAUUUGUACAGUUGAUGGCUUGUUCCUGACCUGACAUCCGUUAUGUCCUUGUUUGUCAGGUUUGGACCAACACCACCAUGGUAGUUGUAACGAUACUCAUCCUUUACUGAUAUUUAUUGACAUUGGAAGCCUCUGUAAGAUAUGUGCCAAACCUUGAUUGCCGAGAAUCCUGUCUGUAAGUAGAAAUCUAGUCAUGACAGAUAAUCUGCUACACAUAUCAAAACAGAAUUCCUGGGCCUACUACUAUACUGUAGUAUACAUCCCACCUGAUAUCACAGUAUUCACAUGUACUAUGUACAUAGCAUUACAUGUAUUGGACACCUAAUCAAUACGUUUGUGCACUGUUUGUUUCAUUCAAUAUGCCAUUUCGUUAUUUAAAGAUUUGCUGCUGUUGACCUGUGAUCUAAUAAGAUUCAGAAGUGAUUGAUAUCUGUAGCCUUAAGAUGUGUAUUCCAACUCCUGGUUCAUAUUUCAAACAGAACUUUAGUCUUUAAUUAACAACAGAAAAUAAGUGAUAGGAUUUAAUUGCAGUAUUGCUGUUGUUUUUAUGUUAAAUAUCACAAUCUUUCAAAUUUCAACUAUCCAAGUUCAAUCAUCAAAAUUUGAAGAAGAAAAAAAGAAAAGGGACAAACAUUGGGGAUAUGUUUCUGUGAAGAAAAACAACUUUGAUUGCUUACAACUGCAUGGAAAUUAGACUUAAAUGCACAAUGCCAUCAUUGCUUUUGCAUAUUGGAGUUGUAAUAAGAGUUGGUGAUACAAUCAGCAUUGUCAGAUAUACUGGAGUCCUUUGGUAUGUUGCCUUUGUGCGUGAUGUUAUAGAAUCAGGGCUGUAUGAAUGUGAUAUAUGUAUCACAGACUAGCCUGGGUCCCUGUCUAGUGACUAUUUACAAUCCAGAGCCUCUUGUGUGGUACUUAGGUGGUAUUCAUUGAUCGGCUGUGAUGUACUGAAAUAUGGUUGAUAGCACUGAGAUUAUUUUCAGUUGUUAAACAGAUUUUGUUUUGUCUCAGAAGUGCUGCAAUAUUAAAUCUGUUGUGUUAAAUAUUUUAGAACUGUCACAUUCAUUUACUUCAUAGAUGUAUAGAACAAUUAUAUUGUGGACCAAUGGUCUUUCCCUGUAGAUACAGGCCUGUGUGUAAGAAUUUUUAUGUUGUUUGUGUGAGACUGUAACUUUUUUGUGUCUGUGCGAGUGAAGACUUAUGUAGGUGCAAUCCAUAAUAAAAGCAAUUUUUAAAGUAUAAGUGAGAGUGUAUGUAGAAUUUUUAUCGGUUUUACUUGUGGGCGUCCUUAAGUCUGUAUGUAUCUAUCAGAAGAUAAACAAUCAUAUUGUGAAAUUUGUUACAUAUUGUAAGUAAUCUUUUUACAUCUGUCAUAAGUUUUGGAUAAUAUUCUUUAGGGCUAAGGAAACAAGACACUACAUACAAUUUGAAUAUGGGUCUAUUAGAAAAGAAGAAAUGCAUGCAAAUUCUCUCAAGAUUUCCAAAGUGUUAAUUAUUCAACUGAGUAUUUGUUAAGUAUUCGAGUGAGUAUAGAUGAUGAAGUGAAUGAGACAAUUUUGUGUUCAGAAUUAUAAUUCAAUCAAUCAUAAACAUUUAUUUUUACAUUUGAGGUGUAAUAUUUGAAAUAGUCAAGUAUUAGUCUAAAAAAAACUCAUUUUUCUUCCAACAGUUUUUUUUUUUUUUCUCUCUAUUUAAAGUUUAAAAACAUAAUUAUAAUUCUGUAUUUAAUACUACACAUUUUUGGAUACAAAAUAUUAAUUAAAUUCAAACAAUCACUGCGGAUGUCUGUUGAUGUGUGCCAUAAAUUGAUUGUGACUGAAUACAAUAAUAAGUCGGUUUAGUCACAUGUUGGUUGUACAGCCUCGAAUGACUUGGUACAGAUAAGAUAAGCCUGGAGCACAAUUUCAUGUGUGAAUGGUGUCCUUAAAUCAACAUUGUUUUGUGCAUAAAGAGAAAGAGAGGGAGAGAGAAGGUGUGAAGAUGGGCAGUUUUACAUCAUGUUUGGAAGGUAGUCUGACCAAUCAGGGAAGCUGAUUCUCUCGUCAUGUGAUAGACAUAGUCAUGGUGGACGGUGUGAACUGACUGAGCUGGCUUUCGAUCAAGACAUUGGUUUUAUUUGAGUGCAUAACACUCUGUAUACAUGUCUUAUUUUUGUACAGAUGUAAAGUGCUCUACCUGUGCUUGUCAUUGACAUUGGUCACUAGGUAUGGUCCAGGCAUUUGUCCGGCCUGGUCUGAGACUAGUGACUGAUGUAGAUAGAUAUGACAGUGUAGGCAAGGGCAGGUAAAACUAUGGUGGAAAAAAAAGAUAAAAAAUUAAAAAAAUGACAAAAUGAUUUUGUCAGUGACUGAU